AAAUUAUUUAUCUUGUUACUUGCUAUUAUGUUUUUCGGUGGUUUGGUGCCAUUUAUAAAUGCACUUCCUGCUGCUGCUCCUGAACCUGCUACGCCUUGUCCUAAUCCACCACCAUAUUGCGGUG